UGCGCUUUCGGUGACCUUUCCAAGAGAUGCUUCAAAGCUUUAUUAAAAAUGUUUGGAUCCCCCUGAAGCCCUACUAUACCCAGGUUUACCAAGAGAUUUGGGUAGGAAUGGGGUUGAUGAGUGUCAUCGUUUAUAAAAUCAGGAGUGCUGAUAAAAGAAGUAAAGCCUUGAAAGCGUCAAGUCCUGCGCCUGCCCACGGCCAUCACUGACCGGCUGUACUUGGAGUGCGCGUGGCAUGGAGUGUCCGUCUGGUGUGCGUCUCAGCAUGCGGUUAGUGGGGAACAUAGAGCCCUGCGCACACUUACAGACAUGUUGUGUCCUGUGUGGCGUGAAUAAAUGUUACUGAGGUGCA